UAUCAACAGAAGCAAACACCAAUCAAUAGAAGUAAAUGAGAGACUUGAUAGUGUUAGGAGGAUCAACCCAUCCCAAUCUCACCCGUUCCAUCUGUCGUAACCUCACAUUGCAACAGGGAGAAGCCGAAUCUCGGAAAUUCGCCAAUGGAGAAACCCUGAUUGAAAUUAAAGACAGUGUUCGUGAAAAAGACGUCUUUAUAGUCCAGAGCGGAUGCGGCCACGUCAAUGACGCCUUUAUCGAGUUGCUAAUCAUGAUUUCCGCCUGUAAGACCGCCAGUGCCAAGCGUGUUACUGCAGUAUUGCCACUUUUCCCAUACUCAAGACAACCAGAUGUGCCUCAUCAGGCCAGUCACACUGGUGCCCCCAGCAUCAUUACCAAGAAAGACCAUUACACUUUUGAAAGUGCUCCUGGAACCCCCAAACCGCUUUCUAAAAAGGAAGGUGAUAGAUUCCAAUUAGGUGCCCAGAACAACACCAGUGGUAUCUUCAGUGCUGUCAAACAACCAUUGCCUAUUAGAAGCUAUUCUCCUAAAUCCAUAGUCACCAACGCUGCAUCGACAAACUUCCAAGUAGAUGCUUCUGGAAAGACUGAAAGUGGCUAUAAACAAUGGGUAUCACCAAAUGGUACCCUCAUUGCUAAUUUGUUGCAAACUGCCGGUGCAGACAGAAUGAUCACCAUGGACUUGCACGAUCCUCAAUUCCAAGGGUUCUUCAACGUCCCCGUGGACAACUUGUACCUGCGUCCCCUUUUACAACACUACAUCGUCGAUUACAUUCCUAAUUACCGAGAUUGUGUCGUGGUUAGUCCCGACAGUGGUGGUGCCAAACGUGCCACUGCCGUCGCCGAUGCCAUUGGGUGUUCGUUUGCCUUGAUACAUAAAGAAAGAAGAGCCAAGAUCGGCAAGAACCCGCCGCUGACUACUUCGUCAAACAUGCAAUCUUCCCUCCUGCAACAAACCACCAUGGUAGCCACUACCAUGUUGGUUGGGGACGUCAAGGACAAAGUGUGUGUUUUGAUUGACGAUUUGGUGGAUACUUCAUACACCAUUACCCGUGCUGCCAAGUUAUUGAAAGAUUCGGGAGCAAAAUACGUUUAUGCUUUAGUCACCCAUGGUGUGUUUAGCGGUGAUGCUCUUAAUCGUAUCAACAAGAGUGCCAUUGAUAAAGUUAUCACCACUAAUUCUGUGCCUCAAGGUGAGCAUGUAGCUAUCUUGGGUGACAAGUUAGAAGUGUUGGAUGUUAGUAGAAUAUUUGCUGAAGCCAUUAGAAGAAUCAAUAAUGGGGAGAGUGUAAGUAUGCUAUUUGAUCAUGGUUGGUGAGUUUAUAUAGAUAAUGAAUUGAUUUCUACUGUAUUUUUAUUAUAGUACAACUAGCUAUUUUUUUUUUACUGCUUAGACUUCUUGGAACUGCUUUCCAAUUGGUCCCAUAAUUCUUCUUCUUCUUCCUCGCUAUCUUCUUCGACAUCUCUAGUUCUCUUUUUCACUUGCUUGGUUUCUUCGGUGGUAACCUCUUCGAUGUCGUCAUCUUCAGUGUCCAACACAACUAAUGAAGACACUUCAACACCAAGAUAUACUUUAGCCAAAAGAUCUCUCGAUGCAAGAUCAAACACACGCAAGUAUCUGUCUAACCCGGCAGUUGCAAAGAUAUCCUCGCAUGCUUCAGCAGCCAAGAUAGCCCCGGUGUUCCCACCUUGAGAAUAUUUACCUCUCAAUUGCAACACCGGCUUGAUGAUUUCACCAGCUGAUGCAGAAUUAGAUUUGAAUGCACGAUCAUGGACUUGAUAUAAGGAAUGUUUAGCCACAAGUCCAUGGGUAGUAGUGACUAUUAUUUCAGGGUCUUGUUCAUCUUCAGUCAUGGUCAUUGUCACUAUUGGUUGGUCACAAAGUUGGUAAUCUCCAACUGGUCUUCUGCCGUGUGUAGUAUCGUAUACUCGCACUUGACCGUAUCUCGUGGAUGUAAUCACCUUGUAUCCCUUGUCUAAAUCUUGCCAGAAUAUGAUUUGAGUUAUCCAAACAGGUACUCGCAAAUCCAAAUGGUCGUUCUUGACAUUCUUGGCUCGGUAUAUGACGGAAGGAACGAAUGCGUUGGCAUAAUCCUUCUUUUUGAAAAUGGUAUGGUUGACUCCGGUUUCAAACAACUUUAUGAUCUGGAGGUCGUUUUCUUCACCACCAAAUGCAAAAAUGUUUUCCUUGGUUGGAUUCAUGGCAAAUGCGCUGAUUGGUUUAGUGCUUGGCAAUGCAAGUUGCAAAGGCUCGAAAUCGAAUUUUUCAUUGACGUGGAUUAAAAACACUUUGCCUGAUUCAUAAGCCACAAUCACACUUUCAAGGAUCUCCACCUUGAUUAAUGCUACUGGUUUGUCGGUUUCCACAUUGGGUAAUUUGAAUUCAUGCACAAGUUUAUAGUUAUCAUCCUCCUCUUCUUCGCCUUCCUUUUUUUCCUUGUUAUCCUCUUUGCUCUCUUCCUCUUCGUCCUCGAUUUCGUAUAUGCAAACACUGCCACCAAUUCGAACACCGAUAGCAUAUUGGUAGUUGUACUUUUCUAACUUGACAACUCGGGUUUUUCGAGUGGCAUUGGGUUCACGGCAGAAAUUCUUGAUGGAUUUGGGUUGUGGUGCGGAUUGCUUGGAUGUGUCAGUCCCACGUCCACAUAUGACUUCCUUGACUGCGCCGGUGUCGUCGGCUGAUACGAGAAACUUCAUUGAUUUCUGU